GGCACCUGCGGGGGGACGCGGGAGGCACCUCUGAGGCUUCAGGACCGCGGUUGCGCUCUCGCUCCCGUCGGCAGCCCCGCUGGAGGUGGCGGAGCUCCACCGGGAUUCGGCAGCAGCGUCUGGGCGGCCGCGGGCCCGGCGGGGUGUCCGGGGCAGCCGCAGCCCCGCGCCCCGAAGCGCCGGCGUGCCUCUGCACGCUCCCACCGGGAGGGAACGUAGCUGGAUUUAAACUAUAAACAUGAAGAAAUUAAAGCUUAAAGAACUGGAAAGCUGUCUUCAACAAGUCGAUACUUUCGAAAGUCCAAAACUGCUCCUUGAACAGUAUCCAACAAGACCUCAUAUUGCAGCAUGUAUGCUUUAUACAAUUCACAAUACUUUUGAUGAUAUUGAAAACAAAACAAUUGCAGAUUUAGGAUGUGGUUGUGGCAUGCUCAGCAUUGGAAGCGCAAUGUUAGGAGCAGGAUUGUGUGUGGGGUUUGACAUAGAUGCAGAUGCACUGGAAAUAUUUAAUAGCAAUAUUGAAGACUUUGAGCUCACGAACAUCAACAUGGUUCAGUGUGAUGUCUGCUCUUUAUCUGACAGCAUGUUGGAGACUUUUGACACAGUUAUUAUGAACCCUCCGUUUGGUACCAAGCAUAAUAAAGGAAUGGAUAUGAUUUUUCUGAAAACUGCUUUACAAAUGGCGAAAACAGCUGUAUAUUCCCUUCACAAAACUUCAACACGGCAGCACAUUCAAAAGAAAGCACAUGAAUGGGAAGUGAAGAUGGAAGUCAUAGCAGAACUUAGAUAUGACCUACCAGCAUCAUACAAGUUCCAUAAGAAGAAAUCAGUUGACAUUGAAGUGGAUUUCAUUAGAUUUUCUGCCAAGAAACUCCUGAACUGAGGCAUGUCUUUAAAAGCUAUUGAAAAUGGAACAAUAAAAAAAAAUUUUUUUUUUUUUAAA